AGCAAAUCUUUACCGAAAUUUCCACUGGAAAUAUUGAAUUUAAAUCAGUUUUCACCCCGUCCGGAUCGUCAUCGUCGGACACCCCGGAGGGACCAGUGAAGGUGACUUGAUUUUUAGUGAGUGAAAAAUAAAAGGAAAUACUGUGAAGUGAAGAUAUAAAAUGAUGGAGACUGCCAAGAUGGAGCCGCUCACUCCCCCCCACACACCCCCAUCGGGUCUUCAUACACACGUGGGGUCACCCCCCCGUUGGAUCCGAGGAAUUCCACCCCAUGGACCGCCACCUCAUCCCCAGCAUCCGAGUUAUCACGCGGCAAUCUUUGAUCACUGGCUGAGAGGUGCUGCGGUGAUGGCAGCUCGUGGAUACUGUCCUCAGACACCAUCUCAUCAUCAUCAGCCACCUCUUCAUCCGGGGCUUACCAUUCCACCGCCUGCCAGCUUUCUCACCAGGCGACUGCCCGGUCAACGUCCCAAGAAACAGUUCAUCUGUAAAUUCUGCAAUCGCCAGUUCACGAAGAGCUACAAUCUUCUCAUUCAUGAGCGAACUCAUACCGAUGAGAGGCCGUACUCAUGCGACAUUUGCGGAAAGGCCUUCAGAAGACAGGAUCAUCUCCGAGAUCAUCGGUACAUCCACAGCAAGGAGAAGCCCUUCAAGUGCACAGAAUGCGGCAAAGGUUUCUGCCAGAGUAGAACCCUCCAGGUCCACAAAGCCCUUCAUCUGGAGCAAUCGCCGCACAAGUGUCCAGUCUGCUCCAAGAGCUUCAAUCAACGAAGUAAUCUAAAGACUCACCUUCUAACCCACACCGAAGUACCCCAGGACCUGCGCGUUGAUCCCCACGAGGUGAUGAUCCACCAGCAGUCGUAUGUUCCCCCGAUGGAGAGGACACCUCCUCCAAAAUUGGGUUUCACCAUCGAAGACAUCAUGAGACGCUAAAACCACAGGAUAUUCUGGGGCUCUGAGAGAAUCCAGGGGUUAUACCGGUGAUAAGGAGAUCAUCUCCACUGUACAUAGACACUUAAUAUAUUCCGUAACUCCUAAUUUAUUGAAUCAAUCCGAAUCAUUCCGAAUCAUUCCGAAUAAAUCCGAAUCAAUACGAAUCAAUCCGAAUCAAUGCGAAUCAUUCCGAAUCAAUCCGAAUCAAUUCGAAUCAUUCCGAAUUAAUCCGAAACAAUUUGAGGACCAGCUGACGUACAUUCUCCCCGAGACAAAGAACCGGAAGUGUCAAGCUAUUUGAAUAACCAUUGGAUAUCCACGAGAUGGCCGAUCUCUCUGAAAAUUAGGACUUUUCAAUGAGAUAAUAUCUGGGAAAGACGUUUUUGUCUUUGUCGUGUUUUUUAGUCGUCUCCAGUGACCUGUAAAUAGUCUCUGGUCAACCCUGGACCACCCAUACUGUACAUAUCCCCCACACCUCGUACAUUUUCCAUCUUAUCGAAACCUUUUAGUCGUUACCUCUCUCCACUCCUCCGUUACCACUAAUUCAAAAGGGUGUAAAUAAUAGGGAUAAGACCAACUCUGAAUGUAUCAUAUCUUCUUAAUGUACAUCGUGUUUAAAACUUAUUGAUGUUAGUUUAUAAUCGAGAGAAAUGUUGAAUUCAUGGUGUACCUACUUUGAGAAGUUACCAAAUCUCAUUCGAAAAUGUGUGAUUGAUUCUACUGAAAUUAGCGUAAUAUUAACUAUCAUAGAUACCAAAUAUAAUGUUAGUUAUGAGUUAAGCUCACCCUAGU